AUGUCAGGGCAGUCACAGUCAUUUCUUGGGCUGGAAGGCCUUCAUGUCUUCAUCACGGGAGCUGCGGGGGGCAUUGGCCGUGCUGCCGUCAAGGAGUUUCUCGCCCUAGGUUGUCGGGUGACAGCUUUUGACAGAAGAACCAUUGAUGUUGCACAGCUAUGUUCGACCGCCGAUCAAGCAUCCAGGAUCUUCACUACUCAGGGCGACUUGACCUCUGAAGAUUCUGUCGCUGAAGUAUUUCGGUCCGCGACGGCCAAAUUCGGGCCGUUGAAUGUACUGGUUGCUAAUGCAGGAAUUACCGAUGAAAGUGCCCACCCUCCAAUAUGGGAGAUUGGAUCAAAUCUCUGGGAUAAGGUGAACGGGAAUAAUGUCAAAGGCACCUUUUUGACCGUCAAACACUUCUUACUAUCGGUGAAGAAAGCGCAGGAAGCCCGAGGCAGCGAGCUGGAGAAUGUUGCCAUUGUCAUUACAGGUUCGGAAACGGGCAAAUUCGGUCAAGAGGGCCAUGCAGAGUACGCUUCUGGCAAAGCCGGCCUUCAAUAUGGCCUGGUCCGAACCGUCAAGAACGAAAUCGUCCGACUGAAUGCCCGCGCUCGAAUCAACGCGGUGGCACCGGGAUGGGUCAACACCGCUCUGAUCGGUGAUCGACUGGAUGAUCCGAAAGAGAUGUGGGCGGAAUGCCAGGCCACGGUGGCCUUGAAGAAGAUUGCCCAGCCAGAAGAUGUUGCCAGGGCCAUGGCUUUUUUGGCGAGUCAUCGUGCCGCUGGUCAUAUCUCUGGCGAAUGUAUUUCUGUCGACGGCGGGAUGGAAGGCCGAGUCAUUUGGCGGGAAGAACGGAUCCUGUCGAAAACCGGCGGGACUGAAACGGCCUUGCGAAGUGCCACCAUCCCCGCUUCACUGAGCCCUCCCCAAAGAAAAAGACGGUUACGCAUCUGCCUAUCUGUGGACUUUGACGCGAUUUCAGGAUACUUGGGAACGGGUCAUGAUCCAUCUAAUACCCUCUCAGACUAUUCUGCGGGAAUUUUCAGCGCCAAUGUCGGUGUGGGCCGGCUCCUGCGUUUGUUCCACCAGCACGGGAUUGCUGACAAGCUCACAUGGUUUGUUCCGGGCCACAGUUUGGAAACAUUUCCGGUGCAAGCACAGCAGAUCGUUCAGAGUGGAGCGGAGAUUGGGCUGCACGGCUAUAGCCAUGAAGGAGCGUAUGCCAUGACGGUCAAGCAAGAAAAGGAUGUUCUGGAGAAGUGCAUCGACCUGGUGACCAAGUUGCGAGGUGGCAAAAGGCCAGUAGGGUACCGAGCCCCUCUCUAUCAAAUUCGCGAAACGACGGUUCAAUUGCUUCAGGGUCACCAAUUCCUCUACGACAGCAGCAUGAAUGCACACGACUCCUUGCCUUACUUUUUGCCUAACCCCUUCCCUGGAGAUCCCCCUCAUGUCCCGGAUUACAAGAAGGAUGCCAGCAGCUGGAUGAUCCCAACACCGAUCCCCAAACAACCAGAGGCAGGCUCCACCGAAGCAGACAAGGCUUUGGUGGAAAUUCCUGGAAGCUGGUAUACUGAAGAUAUGACACCGCUCGGUUUCUAUCCCUACUCCGUCAAUACGCAAGGUUAUGUGGGCGUAGAUCUUGUAGAGAAGAUGUGGUGGGACCGGUUCGAUUGGCUGUGGGAAAAUGAGAGCUGGUUGGAUGAAGAGCCUGGAAAAGGUUAUGGUUCGGUGUAUCCGAUGAUCUGGCAUCCAGAGAGCGCAGGGAGAGCCCAUAUCGUAGGCAUGAUCGAUCGCUUCAUCUCCAAGUUGGUGUCGCGGAUGAAGGCCGCAGGCGAAGGCGAAAUCACGUUUGAGACGAUGGAAGGCGUCGCUCGAAGUUGGAAACAACGUCGAUGA